AUGAGGCACAAGCUCAUUUUGAGCAGGCUCAGCAACGAUUGGAAGGCCCGACAGGCACAGAUGCUAGCCUACGGGGCACACCUCCGCCGCCAAUAUGAGGACAGAGUGCAAUAUUGGCGCUCGCGAGCCCAGAGUCGGAUCCGUGCUCUGAGCGUUCGACAGCUCAUGAAUGUGACGGUGAUCUUAGACUCCAUAGACCACGCGAAGCUGCGGUGGCCGCGCAGCCUUCUGCUUCAGUCUAAGGACUUCGCGUCAUUCGCCAGGCCGUACCUUACGUGCACUGGCGUCAUCAUCCACGGGCACCUCGCGAUGCUGGCGAUCUCUGAGAACCACGUCAGUGCCGACUCAUCUCGGACAACGGAGAUCGUCAUGCACGCCCUCGAGCGCCUACAGCGCAAGAUGAUCGACGUUCGCAUGAUCGAAUUGAUCCUGCAGUCGGACAACUGCAGCAAGGAAGGAAAGAACAACACGUUAUUGAGGACGUUGGCCGGCUUGGUGGCGUCGCGCAGAUUGGGCAGGUGUGAGUGCCGGUAUCUAGAAUCGGGGCACUCCCACGAGGACGUGGAUGCCUGGUUUGGCCAGUUGGCGGGGUUCAUAGAGCAGCACCAGGAUGUUCCCACUCCAGAAGCUUUCACGGAGCUCCUCACCGCCUUCUUGCACGCGCAGCCGCGCCAGAAUGAGGAGGAACGCGUGGUGGUCAAGUUAGACCAAGUCAGAGACUGGCGCUUCGGUCUUGACGUCACG